AUGAGAAAAAAAUUGAUUAAAUUAAAUGAAGAAGAGGAUGAUGCUAUCAAAAAAUAUAUGAAAAAGUUUAAAGAUGACCGUAAUCGUUAUGCGAUGAUUAAAGAUGAGCUUACUAAAAAAUUUAAAAAGGAUUAUACUCAUAAACAAAUUCGUCAACGUUGGAAAAAUCAUCUAGACCCUAAACUUUGUCACAAACCUUUAGACGACAAUGAAAGAAAAUUCAUUGUUAAAUGGGUUAUAGAAAAUAAAGGACCGAAUGGUGAAAUUAGUUUUGUAAAUUUAAUUCCCGUGAUGGAAAAUAGGUUUGGUAAAUCACACUCCGAGAACAAACUCAAGAAUUUUUGGAAAUCCAGAGAAAGAAGUAGAAAUGCUAAAUCAAGACAACGAGGCGAAGGAUCUAAGCUUCGUUUUGAUGAAGAGAAAUCUAAAACUAUGUCAACUCUCUCUUCUAUGGCUAGUCCCACUAUUACACAUUUUAAUUCUUUAAGGAAAGUCUCCGAUCCUUCUUCAGAGCGCUCAAUUCUUUCUCCAAUUUAUACACAUGAUUCUUCAUUGAAAAUUCAAGCUCCUUCAGUAUUUCGUCAAUUACCUCUUCCAAUUAAUAUUCGUCAAUUACCCCUUCCAAUUAAUAAACAAACUCCUUCAGUAUUUCGUCAAUUACCUCUUCCAAUUAAUACAAAAGCUCCUUCAGUUCAUCCUUCAAUUGAUGUGUACUUGAGAAAUCAAGCUUCAAAAUUUAAGAUAUCCCUCUAA